AUGAGUAUUAUUGAAUUAAGAGUUUCUGGAAGGUAACAUCAUAUUCUUGCCAUCAUAGAUAUAAAAUAGGACGGAAAAUAGGUGCUGGAAGGUUCGGUUAAAUAUAUCAUUCUAAGAAUGUUUAAUCAAAUCAGGAUGUGGCAAUAAAAAUCGAAGAAAUUAAAUCUAAACAUCCAUAGUUAAUAUAUGAAGGUAAGAUCCUCCAAAAUUUACAAGGAGGAGUAGGCAUUCCAUCAAUGUUAUGGUUAUAUUGUUUUUUUAAUUAUAGGUAUGGUUAAGAAAAUGAUUUUAAUUUUCUCGUUAUGGAUCUUCUAGGUUAAAAUCUAGAAGAUUUAUUAGUAUCAUGCAAAAAAACUUUCACACUUAAAACAGUCCUUAUGCUUGCAGAUUAAUUAAUUUCUAAUAUAGAAUACUUGCAUUUUAAAAAUUACAUUCAUCGUGAUAUCAAACCUAAGAAUUUUUUAAUGGGAUGUGGUCAAAAGUCUCAUAUUGUUUAUACAAUCGAUUUUGGACUUUCUAAACUUUAUAGAGAUACUCGUACUCAUGAACACAUUCCUUUAAAAGAAGGAAAAUCUCUUAUUGGAGCAGCUCGUUAUGCCAGUAUUAAUACCCAUAAAGGAUUUGAAUAAUCAAGAAGAGAUGAUUUAGAAUCUCUAGGAUAUAUGCUCAUUUAUUUUCUUAAAGGAACACUACCAUGGAAAGAUACUCGAGUUAAUAAGAAGGAAGAAAAACACUAAAAAAUAAUGGAAAAGAAAAUAUAAACUACUAUUGAACAAUUAUGCAAAGGCAUAGAUUUUUAUAUAAAGAAUUAGGUAUUCCUAUAGAAUUUUUAUAAUUCAUGAA